AUGAGUUCAAUGACUUCGUUGUUUAGCUCCAUCACAGGUUCCAAGCCGACUGCUGAAGCAACUGAACCAGCCUCUGAUACUGCAUCUCCAGCCACCUCCCCAGCCCCACCACAGGCCGAGUCUGGCAUCUCCAAACUGCUUUCCUUCAUCCCCAAGCCUGCUGGCACUACUCCCCAAAUUGCAGUCGUUCCACCUUCAUCUCAGGUGCCGACAUCAGAGCCGACACCUACCUAUUUUGUUGACUCAAUGCUAGGACGGCUAAGCCCCUCGAGGCCCGAAGAGUCACAAAGCACUGAAGGCCAAACUCAGGAGGCCACCACUAACCAGCCUUCUUCAAUGUUUGGCUCAAUGCUGGGAAGGCUUAGUCCACUGAGUCCAUCAACACCCCAAGAGGCACAAAGCACUGAAGGCCAAACUCAGGAGGCCACCACUAACCAGCCUACUUCAAUGUUUGGCUCAAUGCUGGGAAGGCUUAGUCCACUGAGUCCAUCAACACCCCAAGAGGCACAAAGCACUGAAGGCCAAACUCAGGAGGCCACCACUAACCAGCCUACUUCAAUGUUUGGCUCAAUGCUGGGAAGGCUUAGUCCACUGAGUCCAUCAACACCCCAAGAGGCACAAAGCACUGAAGGCCAAACUCAGGAGGCCACCACUAACCAGCCUACUUCAAUGUUUGGCUCAAUGCUAGGAAGGCUUAGUCCACUGAGUCCAUCAACACCCCAAGAGUCACAAAGCACUGAAGGCCAAACUCAGGAGGCCACCACUAACCAGCCUUCUUCGAUGUUAGAUUCAAUGUUAGGAAGACUUAGUCCUUCAAGGCCCCAAGAGGCACAAGCAGAAGGCACUGAAGGCCAAACUCUGGAGGCCACCGCUAACCAGCCUACUUCCAUGUUUGGCUCAAUGCUAGGAAGGCUUAGUCCACUGAGUCCACCACAACCCCAACAGGCACCAGGCAGAGAAGGCCAGAUGCCUGAGUCUACUAACCAGCCUCCUUCAAUGGUUGACUCAAUGUUAGGAAAGCUCAGCCCCAUGAGUCUUUUCUCCAGAAAGCCAUCUCCUGGAGAAACAUCCCCCCAACCAGCGGAGCAGAGGAGGGGACCUGUGUUGAUCAGUGCAUCCAGACAAGGAUCUGUGGAUAGGUCCAAGAGUCCUGAGAGGCAAGGCUGCCAGAGGUCAGGUAGUGGAUCCGUGGAACUCCUCCCAGAUACAGCAAGUGGCUCAGUGGAGAUAUACCCAGAAUCAGGAAGUGGUGGAUCCACGGAGCUCCUCCCAGAAUCACAAUGUGGAUCUGUGGAGAUUUUACCAGAAACUGAGUCAUCUGGAGAGAUUCUUGACAUUCAGGCGAGAAAGGCACCCGCUAUCGUUGAACCAAAACCUGAUGGUGAGCCGCCGGCAGGCCAGGCCAAUGCAGAGGACACAGGGUUCUUCAGCAGUUUUAAUAAAUCCCUCACCAGCCUCAUAACAGCAGCACCAGAAGGGCCGCCGGUCCAGACUGAGACACCUCCUGCCCCUUCUGGAAUGUUCUCUAUGUUCUCCAGAUCUCCAUCUCCAGAGGCGCCCAAAGCAGAGGGGGGAAUGCUUUCUGGCUUCCUUAAGUUUGCCUCUGGGGAGGAUGUCAAUGCCCCUAAAGCGCCCCAACCCAGCUCUGCGAGGACCCCUUCUCCUGCUCUUAGCCGCGCCGCACUCCUUGAAAGUGUACCCAAAGGAAACCCGGACACAGGGUGGUUCUCUAACCUCUUCAAAGCUCCCCCGAAUGAGCCACCUCCGCAAGCUGCUGUAAAGCCACCGGCCCCCGUACCUGCCACUCCUACUGUGACACCUGCAACUCCAGUGACCCCAGAAAAACAAGAAAUCACAGUUCCUGGUGCAGAUCCUGGAGAUCAACAACCAGGUGAUGCUACAUCACAACUUCAAAAGGAUGUGACCACUAAAGACCAAAGCCAGGAACUUCCCAAGCCUCUGGAAGAAGCUAAACCGACAACCCAGACGGAGCCCCAAGCACAGCCUCAGGGUUUGCUCUCUGGUUUCUCUGGGCUGUUUUCUUCAGGUCCACCGCCAACCAACAAUCAAACCCAGAAUCAGACGAAACAAGCGGCUGCAACUCCACAACAGGGAGGUAUGUUUUCUGGCUUUAUGAAGUUCGCGUCUGAUAGUGUGUCUGCCCCUGCAACACAGCCACAGUCUGUUCCUCCAGGCAGCCAAGCUAUCCAAACUCCAUUAAAUACAAACCAAAGCCCUCCACCAAAAUCUGCCACUCCCCCACCCCCCAUUCAAUCUGGAGGAAUCUUCUCUGGGUUUAUGAAAAUGGCCUCUGACACUGUGGCUGGUUCCCAACCCCCUCAGCCAACACCAGAGUCCCAACAUGGACAGACUGAUCAGCAGCAACCUAACAGGCAAGGGCCAGAACAAGCCACCACACAAGGUACUGCUCCUCCAAGUCAAUCAGGAGGAUUUCUGUCAGGGUUGAUGAAAUUAGGCUCUACAGAAAACAUUCCCUCAACAGUAGCUGGUCAGAGGCAGCAGCAGCAACAACCAGAGGGUCCAGAUCAGCAACCACUAAACCAGCAAACCGACCAACCAUCUCAGAACCCACCUCAGCAAGCAGCACCUCCACCAACUCCGCAGCCAGGUGGAAUGCUGUCUGGGUUCUUUAAUAAGAUAGUAGAGUCAGUAGAGCCAACGCCACCUCAACCAGCACCAGCUCAACCAGCACCAGGCAGCCAAGCGCCUAAUCAAACACAACCCCCACCUCAACAACCAGCUGCCCAGCAAGGUGGGUUCCUCUCUGGCCUGUUUGGCAUGGGUGACGCCACAGCUAACCAAGCCCCUCCGUCUCCGCAGCAGAAACCACCUGGCCCUCCUGGGAGUCAGCCGAAUCAGCAGCAAGCUAGCAGGCAGAACCCCCAGCAGCAGCAGCAGCAGCCCCCUAGUGGUCCCGGUGGGAUGA